UUUUACGCUCGGUAGAGUAGAGCUGCGCCCGUCAUAGCCAAAAGGGGAACCGCUGCCGUCUGUUGUGGUUAUACCGUCCUGCAAUCUUCAUUUUGAAACUUUCAAAGAUGCUUGACACUUCCCACUGAGGAAUGAGGAGCGAAACGGGAAAGAAAAAUUCCGUCGCGCCUUGCCUUAAUCGAUUCUAGCGGCCAGAGUCUGAUUUUCCGUCCGGACAUUUCAUAGGCUGUCGGCUGAAUGGAGCAGCAGCGGCAGCAGCAGCAGCAGCAGCAGCAGCAGCGAGGUCUCUGUGGCUUCAUCCCGGCCCGGUCUGCAGGCUGCGGGGUCGGAAUCUCCACCGUGCAGGCGCCCAUGCGUUUGUCCCUCACCUCGACCACCGGCAGCCCGGUGGAGCUCAGCGUCCCCCGCGGAGAGACGGCGGAGGGACUGAGGACACGUAUCUCCCAAAAACUCAGACUGCAAACAGACAGAAUCGUGCUCCUGCAUAAAGACAGGCAGCUGACUGCUGGAAAACUGCUGGACCUGGGUGUAGCAGAUGGCAGCAAACUGACCCUGGUCCCUCUCAUCGAAGCUGGUUCAGUAUGCUCGGCUCCCAAAACUGAAAGGACAAUGAUGGACGUUUUGGAAAGUUUAACAGAAGUUCAGAUCAGUGACUUCCUCUCUGGGCGCUCACCUCUGACCAUUAACCUGGGAAUCGGUGCUCACAUGAUGUAUGUGCAGCUCCAGCUGUCUGCGCAGGAUGUGAAGGAGCUGCAGCAGGACGGGGAUGCGAGAGCCCGGAGCAGCAGCGAGCUUCAAACUGGCCUGCCUACGGCCGGCAGUGUCAGCCGCCCUGUCUCGGCCUCAGCCUGGUCUUCCACCAACAAUGCAGGCUCCAAUACCUCACCUGCUUCCCAAACCUCCACCCAAGCCCCGGACUCUGCUGACUCUACACCCCCGGUCCAACCUGGCACUCGGAGACCCAGAACUACCUUUAACUCAACAGCCCCCACUCCAGACUCACCCACCACUGUCCCUGCUAUAAACUGCCAUCACUGCUCAUCUCUACCUCAAUCCUGUCACUCUAUAAACACAUCUCCCCCUGUUCUUUCAACCAUUUCUUUGCCCUCUGGUUGCCCACAUGCCAGCUGUCCACUACAUGCAGCCACACCAGUCUGUUCACCUGCUCCCACCGGCUGCAGUCCUGAACCCCCGAGCCCAGUACCACCCUCAACCUUCAAAAAGAGUAAUGUUCAUGCUUCGUCCACUGCAGAGCUGUGCAAGCAGCCAGGAGCAGUCAUAGAAAGUUUUGUGAGCCACUCUCCCGGCGUCUUCUCCGGGACUUUCUCUGGCACUCUGGCUCCUUACAGUCAGGGCAACAUCAACCACCCUCGACGUGGCAUCGGCAUCAUUCUCCAGAUUCUCAAUGACCUCCUCAGAGCUGCCUGUUACCACCAGGGGGCACCACCCACCCUUCCUCAAAGCCACUGUCCUGUUUUAAACCUUCCAGUCAGCCCAGUGCUCACAGCAGAGGAGCCCAGCAAAGCAAGGAGCAAACCACUGGUGACCCCGAGGCCGGAGCACUUCAGUAAAGCUUCAGGCGAGGAGAGUCACCCCCUCCGCUCACCCACUGAGGAGGAUCAGACCUUGCACUGUAAGCUAGAGCGCCUUCAGUUUUUGAUGCAUCAGCGGCGCCUUCGCAGGCGCGCUCGCAGAAGCUCACACCUCUCACAAACAUCUCACCCGAUGUACCAACAUCGUCACCAUCGUCCCGAGCCUCCUGGACUGAAAAGAUCCACUCGCUGUGAUGGCAGUGGCAGCUGGCUGAAGAGCGAGGGAGCCAUCAUGGAAACCAGAAUUAACCACCUUUGUGGAAUAGGUGAAAUAACCGUGGAGUGCACUCUUGGCCGCUAGAGGUUUCUGAGAGGGAGAUGCUUUGUUGCCAUUUUAUACUAUGAGUAUUUGUGAAGAAUGUACGCCUAAAAGAUCUGAGCACUCUUGUUCCUGUGGUUGUCACUGCACUGAGCAUGUUGUUUUAUCUAAGUCUGUCUGUCAGUGACUCAUGUUACGUAGCAUAUUUCACAGAAGAUUCCAGUGCACAUCUUCAUGUUAUACAUCUUUGUGUUUGUACUAAGACCUCUUACUGUACGUCUUGUUUAUGUAUUCAAUGCCUUAAACAUACAUGUCUUGAAUGUAAACUUUAUGUUUUGAUCUGUGCAGAGGAUGAUGCUCUAAAAUAUUUUACUUAUGCAAUAGUGAGAUGUAAACACAAAGAAAGGAAAAAAUAUCCAAAAAAUAAAGGAAAAGAAUGGAAAAACUCA